AAUAGAACUCGUGCCCUCAGCGGUCAUAGGGAAAUUCCAGACAGGCGUUAGCUAUUGAAGCUGGUUCGAGAAAACACACUACUGUACACAGAAAAUGCUCGUUUAUGUAUAUCUGUUGUCAUAUUUAUCAGCGGUUAGAGCAGGUUCCCACUCACUGAUGGCGUUCGCAACAUAUAUAAUCGGACAGACACCAUUUCCAGAGCUCAGCGCCGUAGUGAUGCUGGAUGAUCUUCAAGUGAUGUACUAUGACUCGAUCACACGGCGAGCUCGCUCUUAUGAUGAUUCAAAACACUACGACGAAGAGAAAAGUGAUGCUGGUGUCAUAUUUCGUGAUAUGUACAACGACAUGAAAGGUCGAGCAUUUUAUCUUAAGGAGCACCUAAAUUUCACAGACGGUGUACAUGUUCACCAGAGACUUGCUGGAUGUGAAUUAUUGAAUGAUGAUAAACCAGGUCCACUUCAGACAUGGGAUGCAUUUGAUCAAAAAAAUAAAGAGGAGUUCAUUUUCAACGAGGAGAAAAAUCAUUUCCAAAUUGAAUUGCCAUGGAUAUUGUGGGACAAUUUACAAUUUGCUCAUAUGAAAUUUUUAUAUAAAAACGUAUAUCAUCCUGUUUGCAUUAAAGUUUUGCAGAGUUACCUGCAAGUGAAAAAGAACAAUGUGAUGAGAAAAGUUAAACCCAGAGUCAGACUCAUGAGGAAGAUGCUCUCAGACUCUGAAGGGCUUCAGAUCAGCUGUCUGGCCACUGGUUUUUACCCCCGUCACAUUAACCUGACCCUGUUCAGAGAUGGUCAGCCUGUGGAAGAUAAUCAGAUCACAGGAGGAGAGAUUCUGCCCAACGGAGACGGAACUUACCAGAUGAGGAAGAGUUUGGUGAUCAGUGAAGAAGAGCUACGUGAGGAACAUGAAUACAACUGCACAAUGAAGCACCUCAGUCUGGACAACAAACUGGACUUUACAUUUGUUUCAGAUGUGGCUGAAUCUGACCCAGGAUCCUUCAGUCAGUUUGUAGUUUUCAGUGUGCUGGUGUUCAUGUGUGUGGUUGUUUUCAUCAUAACUGCACUCAUCAUAUGGAGGAAGAGACGAGCUGCUGGACGAGAUUCUGAGGCAUCACAGUGUAAAUACUUCUCUACUUCAUCUUCCAUGCAAGAUGAAACAUGAAAAUUGAGUCUAUUUAGUCAAGAAAAUACAUGCAAAACUUAAUUUAAUUUAAUUUGCUUGUUGGAUGCCAUUUAGAUUUUAUGAUAAUGACAUUUUCUGAUACUGAAAUUGAGCUUGCCUCAGUUCACAAUAAAUAAUUCAAUCAUUUUCUUUCAUCUGAAAGAUACAAAUGGA